AUGGUGACAGAACCCUCUCUGACCCAGCAGAUAGCCCCAUCUUUGCCUCCAGAGUUCCUUCAGGAGGUUGGACCAUAUCUAACUCAGCAGGAGGUUCCAGCUCAGAUUCCAGAGCCCUCUAUGGAGGCAGAACCUUCUCCAACCCAGCAGGAGGCCACAGUUCAGGUUCCAGAGCCCCCUAAGGACAUAGAACUUUCAAGCCAGCAGAUGGUCCCACUUCAGCUUCCAUGGCCACCUAAGGAGGUUGCAGCUCAACAUCCAGCUCACUAUGAGGUGACAGUUCCAACACAAGGGCAGGAUCAAGCUCAGCACUCAAUAUUAACCAGUUUCACAGUUCAACCUUUGGAUCUGGGGCUUACCAUCACUCCAGAAUCCAUGACAGAUAUUGAACUUUCUCCAACCAUGCAGGAGACCCCAACUCAGCCUCCUAAGAAAGUUGUACCCCAACUUCCAGCAUAUCAAGAGGUAACAGUCGCAACACCAGGUCAGGAUCAAGCUCAGCAUUCAAUGUCACCCAGCAUUACAGUUCAACCUUUGCACCUGGGACUUACCAUAAGUCCAGAAUCCAGUACAGAGGUUGAACAUCCUACACCCUUGAAGAAGACUAUAGUUCCUCCAAACCACCCUAAGGUGACACUUCCACAUCCAGGCCAUAUUCAGACUCAGCAUUCAAACCUGACUCAAGCCACAGUUCAACCUUUGGAUCAGGGGCUUACCAUCACUCCAGAAUCCACUACAGAGGUUGAACCUUCUACAGCUCUGACGACUACAUUUUCUUCUCCAAAACAUCCUGAGGUGAGACUUCCACCUUCAGACAAGGGUCAGACUCAACUCACAAUUCAACCUUUAGAUCGGGGGCUUACCAUCACGCCUGAAUCCACUACAAAGGUUGAACCUUCUACAGCCCUGACGACUACAGCUCCUGCUCCAAAACGCCAUGAGGUGACAUUUCCACCCCCAGACAAAGGUCAGGCUCAGCAUUCAAGCCUGACUCAACUCACAAUUCAAUCCCUUACCAUAACUACAGAGCCUACUAGAGGUUAA